GGCAGGGGGAGUAGGCAAUCCGUUUUCUGAUUUUCAGACCAUGUGGCCUUCACAGUGGGGCCAACCUGUUCGAAGACAAGGCAAUAUACAAUACCUGUAUGUGAUUAUUUCUUCAUAAUCUCUUACCUGAUUCUCGGAUCAAAAAUUCUUCCAACAGAGAGAGAGAAAGAGAGGAAAUACGAAGGAGAUCAGAAAUUCUUCAGAGAGAGAGAGAGAGAGAGAGAGAGAUGGCGUUUUCAGGAGGUGAUAAUCUGAAUGGGAGAGAGAGAGAGAUGGGUUUUUCCGCAGGUGAUAAUCUGGAAGGAGUCGUUCAGGCUCUGAGAGAGAAAGACGUGGUUUUUUCAGGAGAUGAUAAUACGAAAGGAUUCGUUCUUGCUCUUCUCUCAUGUGCGUUUGUAGGGGCCAGCUUCAUUAUAAAAAAGAAGGGGUUGAGACGUGCAGCAGCGACUUCUGGAGUUCGGGCUGGUGUUGGUGGGUAUGCUUAUCUCUUGGAGCCUUUCUGGUGGGUAGGCAUGAUUACAAUGAUAGUGGGAGAGGUUGCUAAUUUUGUGGCAUAUGCAUUCGCCCCGGCAGUUCUUGUCUCCCCUCUCGGUGCAUUGAGUAUUAUUGUCAGCGCUGUGUUGGCUCACUUUAUUUUGAAUGAGAGGUUGCAUGAUCUAGGGAUUUUGGGUUGUGUGAUGUGCAUUACUGGUUCUGUUAUAAUUGUCGUCCAUGCACCACAGGAGAGGUCGAUUACUUCUGUUCAUGAAGUAUGGAGCAUGGCAACACAACCAGCCUUUUUGGUUUAUGUGGCAUCAGUCAUUGUGUUGGUUUUUGUUCUGAUCAUCCAUUUUGCACCACAUUAUGGUCAUACAAAUGUGUUGGUUUUCACGGGCAUUUGUUCUUUGAUGGGCUCCCUCUCGGUAAUGAGUGUUAAGGCUCUAGGAACUUCCCUUAAACUGACUUUUGAGGGAAAGAAUCAGUUAAUCUAUCCUGAGACAUGGUUCUUUAUGCUGGUGGUUCUUACAUGUAUCAUCAUCCAAAUGAAUUAUCUCAACAAGGCCCUAGACACCUUUAAUACUGCCAUUGUGUCUCCUAUAUAUUAUGUCAUGUUCACCACGCUUACAAUUCUUGCAAGCGUCAUAAUGUUCAAGGAUUGGGAUGACCAAAGUGGGGCAAGCAUUGUUUCUGGAAUCUGUGGCUUAGUGGUUGUGCUAUCGGGGACCAUCUUACUGCAUUUGACGAAAGACUUUGACAGAAGUUCCUCAAGAGGUGUGUGAGAAAUUCAGUAAUUUUCUUUUACUAUCACCAUUUUACAGUGAAAAUGGGGAGCUUCUGAAGGAUGCUGAAGAAGGCAUGUCAUCCUCCGAAGAGAUCUGCUUGAGAAGACAAGAGCUUUACUAACGUACUGCUUUUGACUCCGCUGGCCUAGUUCACGAGGUGUUUAAGAUCAAUUUGGAAGUACCCAGAUUUCAAAGAGCAAAGAUAACGAUUGGCAUUGACAAGUUCAGACAAGUUCGAACUGGUUUAGAAGUAUUGACUGAGGCUCUUGAUGAGAUUUUUGGAAUUUGAUGGAAUCUGUUGAGUUCUAUCCUUUCCCUAAUUACAGAUUGUGGUUGAACCUUGUGGUGGGGAAUUCACAGGAAUUGUGAUCGGUUUGUGCUCCGGAACACGGCCUGGCGUUACUGUACAGUUGGUGGUGUUUUGGAUUUGGUGGGCUGAUUUGCUUUGAUUGGUGUCAUACAUCAGACAGGUCAAGAAAGAGAUGGAUUCAAUCUAACGUGUCCAGAGGCGUGGAUUCAUAUUCAUUUUUGUUAGGCAUUGUUGGGUUUGGUUUAUGGUGAAGUGUACCCAUGAAGCGACAGAAUCUGUUGGCCAUAGGAAAUGGCUUGUGGGUUGAGCUUAGUAUCUGCCCAUGCAUUUGUGGGGUGUUUUGUAUUUUUCUCAGUUGUAUUUGUAAACGGCGUUGAAUAAAUUUAUAUUAGUAAUAGUGAUCUAAAGGUGUCAUUUUGUUCAUGUUUAUGGAAAUUCUUGAUCUGUAAGGCUAAAGUCUGUCUAAUCCUAGACUCUGACAAUUACUAUA